GCCAUAUUAAGCCCUCCUUCGCCACGAUUCACUCACAGUUCUCCCUUCUUUUGAAUUUGAAUUUGAAUUUUGUCAGAAAUUCCCUUUAAAGUUUGAUCUUUUCGGACUUUCUUGAAUUUCCGGUUAUAUUUUCUUGAAUUUCCGAUCUGAGUGAUAUGGCCGUAGAAAGUAAAACAUCAGCUCCGGAGGCGCCGGCAGCCGAUGCCAAAGACGUGGUGGUUUCCGAUGUGCCGGUAGCAGAGAAGGCGGAGGUUGUGGCUUCUGAGACUGAAAUAGCCGAGAAAUCGGCUGUCCCGGAAGAACCGGCGGCGGAAGGAGAGAAGGAGAAGGAGAAGGGUCCCGUCACCGAGUCGACGUCGUUUAAGGAGGAAAGUAAUAAGGUGGAGGAGCUUCCCAACCCGGAGAAGAAGGCUUUGGAUGAUUUCAAACAGUUGAUCCAGGAGGCUCUGAACAAGCACGAGUUUACGGCUCCACCGCCCCUGCCGGUGGCGAAGGAGGAGGAGAAGAAGGCGGUGGCAGCCGAGGAGGAACCAAAGCCGGUGGCAGCCGAGGAGGAACCAAAACCGGAGAAGAUUGAAACCGAGGAUGUGACCCCAGCGGCAGCCGAGACCCCGGCGGUUGUGGAGGAGCCACCAAAGGCGGAGGAAAAAAUUGAAGCUGCCCCAGAACCCGAAGCAACCGCGGCGGAGCCGGUGGAGGUGGUCGUCGAGAAGAUCGAGGAAACGGCUGUCACACCGACGGAGGAAGUCAAGGAUACAAUCUCAGAAGAAGCCGCCGCCACCGAAAUCCCACCGGAGCAAGUUUCCAUCUGGGGAAUCCCCCUGCUCGCCGAUGACCGGAGCGACGUGAUUCUGCUGAAGUUCCUCCGGGCACGCGACUUCAAAGUGAAAGAAGCCUUCGCGAUGCUGAAAAACGUGGUCGCGUGGCGGAAACAGUUCAACAUCGACGAGCUCCUGGAAGAAUCCGAUCUGGGUCAAGGCCUGGAAAAGGUUGUCUACAUGAACGGUUCCGACAAAGAAGGGCACCCCAUCUGCUACAACUCCUUCGGGGAGUUUCAGGACAAGGAGCUGUACCAGAGCACCUUUUCCGAUAAGGAGAAGCUGAACAGGUUCCUGAGAUGGAGGAUCCAGUUCAUGGAGAAGUCAAUCAGGAAUCUGGACUUCAGCCCUGAAGGAAUUUGCACCUUUGUUCAGGUUAUCGAUCUCAAGAACUCACCUGGACUUUUCUUCUUCAAGAGAGAGCUUCGCCAGGCCACUAACAGAGCCCUUCAGUUGCUCCAAGACAAUUAUCCUGAAUUUGUUGCCAAACAGGUCUUCAUCAAUGUUCCAUGGUGGUACCCAUCCUACUAUAAGAUGAUCAAUGCUCUUUUCACCAUAAGAACAAAGAGCAAGUUUGUGUUUGCAGGCCCUUCUAAAUCGGCUGAAACCCUCUUCAAAUACAUUGCCCCUGAGCAAGUUCCAGUUCAAUAUGGUGGGCUUAGCAGAGAGGGAGAUUAUGAGUUCAAUACCGCUGACGCUUCAACUGAGGACACUAUCAAGCCAACUUCCAAGCACACUAUCGAAUUUCCUGUUACCGAGAAUACCAGUUUGGUUUGGGAGGCAAGAGUGAUAGGGUGGGAUGUGUCUUAUGGAGCAGAGUUCGUGCCUGGAGACGAAGGCGCGUACACCAUCAUCCUAGAGAAGCCAAGGAAGAUCGGGUCAGCAGAUGAAACCAUAAUUGGUACAACCUACAAAGCAGAGAGUACAGGAAAGGUGGUGUUAACAUUUAACAACCAGACUUCUAAGAGGAAGAAGCUUCUCUACAGGUCCAAGACCAAGACUUCUGAAUGAAAAGGUUGCUGCUGCUGCUACUAUUAUUAUUACUACCCUAUUUGGCUGCUGAUCCUGGUGCUUCAUCAUGUUCUAUCUGAAAAGGGGUUAUUUCUUUUGUUUAUAGAAUUUAUUUAAUCUCCAAACAUUUAAUUUUAUGGUCUGGGAUAUGUUACAAAAUUUGUUUCAUUUUUUGUUUUCUUUUAAGAGGAGUUUUGAUGUUUUGGAUUGUUUUGAAAUGGAUGGGCCUGGGAGGGAGGUAUGAGCAAGAUAUUUAUAUAAAUUAAAGGGGUUGUACUAUUGUGGUGGAGUCACUGGAAUGUGUUCAAGACAACAUUUGUUAUGAUGUUACUACUUUUCAUGUAAAAUUUGUGUAAAUUAGAAAUGGCCCUUGGUAUUUAUUUUUCCUUUUGUCUUUCAGAAUUUUUUUUUUCUGUUUGAAUUCAACUUGCUUUCUUCACAAAGAGAAUUCUGAAGAUGUAAAAUUUAUUGCAAGAUAAAUAAAAUAAAAUUCAA